CUUCAUCCUCACAUUGUAGCUCCCGAGGUUUUUACUGCAACUGAAGCUGGAACAUCAUCAGUUUCAAGUUCUGAUCCAAGUACUUCCCCAUGUUUAAUUCCUGAGAUAAAUAAAGAUAUGAAGAAGGAGCAAUUGCUAGCUGAAAAAUAUAAUUGCCAACUCGAUGCGCUGAGCUCUGACUCAGACAGUGAAAAUAUGUCAACUUCUUCCUCUAGUUUGAGGUUCCAGCCAUGGAUAAAAGACAUUGGCAGCUCUCAACGUCAAUCGUCCACAAGUGAAGAAAGUUCACACAGUUCAAAAUACCACAUUCAAACUAGUACUAUGAGGGCCUUGCACGAGAAGUUCUCUAAACUUGAUCUAAAAACUGGAUAUGGAGCGGAAAACUAUAGACCUGAUAUGGAAUUCAGUGGAGAUGUUAGAGAAGCAAUUUCUCUAUCAAGAAAUGCACCCCUGGGGCCCCCUCCAUUAUGUUCGAUAUGUCAGCACAAGACACCUGCAUUUGGGAAGCCACCAAGAUGGUUCACCUUUGCUGAAUUGGAACUUGCUACUGGAGGUUUUUCUCAAGCGAAUUUCUUAGCUGAAGGAGGCUAUGGGUCUGUUCACAGAGGAGUCCUCCCUGAUGGUCAGGCAGUCGCUGUCAAGCAACACAAAUUAGCAAGUUCUCAAGGUGAUCGAGAAUUCUGCUCUGAAGUGGAAGUUCUUAGCUGUGCCCAACACCGGAACGUUGUAAUGUUGAUUGGAUUUUGUAUUGAGGAUGGUCGGAGGCUACUAGUUUAUGAAUAUAUCUGCCACGGGUCUUUGGAUUCGCAUCUCUAUGGACGUCAUCGAGAUAUAUUAGAGUGGUCAGCGCGACAGAAGAUUGCCUUGGGAGCUGCUCGAGGAUUGCGAUAUUUGCAUGAAGAAUGUAGAGUUGGCUGCAUUGUACACCGUGACAUGCGGCCCAACAAUAUUCUCAUCACCCAUGAUUUUGAACCACUGGUUGGAGAUUUUGGCCUAGCGAGGUGGCAGCCUGACGGGGACACUGGAGUAGAUACUAGAGUUAUUGGAACAUUUGGGUAUUUGGCUCCAGAAUAUGCUGAAAGUGGCCAGAUUACAGAAAAGGCUGAUGUCUAUUCUUUUGGGGUGGUUCUAGUUGAGCUUGUAACCGGAAGAAAAGCAGUGGAUCUUGACCGACCAAGGGGUCAGCAGUGCCUCACAGAAUGGGCACGACCACUCUUGGAGGAAUAUGCAAUUGAUGAGUUGGUGGACCCUCAAUUAAUGGACAAAUAUUCAGAAGAGGAGGUCUAUUGCAUGUUGCAAGCUGCGUCCUUGUGCAUCAGCCGCGAUCCACAGUCACGACCACGCAUGUCUCAGGUGAUCCGGAUACUCGAAGGUGACACAAUCAUGGAAUCAAGUCACAUGUCAACUCCUGGACAUGAUGCACACAGUCGGAGUGGAAGGAUGUACCCAAAUCAUCAGCAGCAACAUGAGCACUUCAGUCCUGCAUCGUUGAAAGAUGCAUUUGACAGCUUUAGUGGAAAGCUUUCCAUUGAUGCUAACAUGAGGCCUGCUUUGAGGGAGAGGAACAGAGGUAGGAGAGCUUCAUGUGAGAAUGAGUUGUAAAGAGAUGACAUCUUAUAUAGAGGAGAGCAAGAAUGUGGCUACAUUACUGAUAUUUUUGGUAAUAUAAUUUUGUCCUCCACAAGUGACCUUGUAUAGGAAGGAGAAUAUAAAGUCUGGUAAUGUUUUGUAAUUCAAGCAAACUGUUGAAAUAUUAUCCAAUGCCAAUUGCUAAGUCAGAUUUGCUACAUCAGCCUUUGUUACA